GGCUUCAUUAUACAUGUUUCUAAUUUUUAUGUUCUCUUCCACAACAUGGAGUGUCUAAACAUGAUCAAACCUGUCUUUACUCUCUCUUGUUUUUGCAUGCUUCUGUGUUAUGCCACUGUCCUCAACCCUGUUUUUGCUGACGAUACUUGUGAUUUUCCGGCCAUUUUCAACUUCGGCGACUCAAAUUCGGACACCGGUGGACUGCAGGCAGCCUUUAAUUGGACCACUCCACCUUAUGGACAAACCUUCUUUCACAUGCCAAACGGGAGGUAUUCCGAUGGAAGGCUCAUUAUCGAUUUCAUUGCUUCACGUUUAGGUCUUCCUUUUCUGGAUGCCUAUCUCAAUUCUUUGGGAACCAACUACACACAUGGAGUGAAUUUCGCCACUGCAGCAGCAACGAUCACACCCCCGUUAUUUAUUCUUCCGGUGGGCGGAUAUAGCCCCAUCUACUUAGAUGUGCAGGUCGGAGAAUUCGAGCAGUUCAUAAAUAGAUCACAAUUUAUUAAGAAAUCGGGAGGGAUAUUCAAAGAUCUAAUGCCUGAAGAGGACUCCUUUGAGGAAGCUUUGUAUACAUUCGAUAUUGGUCAUAAUGAUAUGGCUAUGGAACUUUUUGCUAACUGGACCGUAGAGGAAGUUAAUGCAUCUAUACCAACCCUAAUCAAUGGGUUAUCCAAUGCGAUCAAGGAUGUAUACAAGUUGGGAGGUAGAUCAUUUUGGGUCCAGAACACUGACCCCAUGGGCUGCCUUCCCCUUAUGUUGACGAGUUUUCCGGAGGCGGCAGCUCAAAACGACAGCGCAGGCUGUGCAAUUCCUUUCAAUCAGUUGUCUCAGUAUUACAAUUACAAAUUGAAGGAAGCGGUUGCUCAACUCAGGAAAGAUCUUCCUUUAGCUGCAAUCACAUAUGUAGAUGUCUACACCAUCAAGUACGAUAUCAUUAGUCAUCCACAAAAAUAUGGACUUUCGUAUCCUACUAUUUCUUGUUGUGGCUAUGGCGGUAAAUAUAACUAUAGCGCUGCAGUCUGUGGAAGUACUGUGAUUGUGAAUGGAAGCGAAUUUUUUGUGGGAUCAUGCGAAGACCCCUCAAAGAGAAUAAAUUGGGAUGGAGUUCACUACACUGAGGCAGUUAACAAGAUUAUUGUUGAUCAUAUCUCCACUGGAAAUUAUUCAGAUCCACCCAUUCCCUUGAACAUGGUCUGCCACAGGGAAUUGGAAGACUGAGAUUCUAAUUAUACAAACAAUUAUUAUAUAUAUAUAUAUACAUACAUACAUACAUACCAUAUUAGCCUCUUUUUAUGUAAUAAGCAAAUACAUUCGAGCCCUUGGUUUGGUAUUUGUGGGUGAGUAUGUAUUUUACCAAUAUAAAUAAAUAAAUUUCAAGUAUCACAAA